AUGAGUAGAACAAUGGCUUCCCUUACAUGUCUCUUCCUUUUCGGAACUUUCUUCCACGUUGUUGUUGCUAUCGACCACGAGGUUGGAGGUGAUUUUGGUUGGAACUUACCUCCAACUCUUACCUUCUUCUCUAAAUGGGCUCGUAAUAACACUUUCUUCGUUGGUGAUAGGCUAAGAUUCACACCCAGAGCCAACGAGACUCACACUUAUGCUGAAGCAAAAUCCGAGAAGGAAUUUGAUGAAUGUGUAGAACAGGGAAUAGUUUUCGAUCCUUCAAUAAUUUUAACCCUACAAAAUAAUCGUCUUGGCCGUCGUUAUUUUAUCUGCACCGAUGGGAACCAUUGCAACAUGGGCAUGAAAUUUACCAUUGAUGUUUUACCUAUAUCAGUAACAACGCCAAAUACCGCAGUCAAAAUUGAUGCCUUGCUGCCUAUACUUCUCUUCAUCAUUUUUAUGGCUAAUCUCUUCUUCUUUGUUUGA